AAAUAAGUCACGUGAUUUCCUUUUACCUUCCUUUCCUGUUCUUCUUUCCUGUUAACUGGAUCAGCGUAAGCUAGAGUGCUUGUUCUCUUUUAUUGAGCUAAGGCUUUAUCGGCGACUUGCACCAUUUUAUCAUCUCAUCUAACUUCUAUAUAAAUUAUACAAACAACAAACAUGAAUACGAAAGCAGAACUGGCUUGCGUUUAUUCAACAUUAAUUCUUGUUGAUGAUGAUGUUGCUGUAACUGGAGAGAAAAUUCAAACAAUUUUAAAAGCUGCCAAUGUUGAUGUUGAAUCAUAUUGGCCUGGACUUUUUGCCAAGGCUUUAGAAGGUGUCAACAUAAAAGAACUCAUAACAAAAAUUGGAUCAGGAGUUGGAAGUGCACCUGCAGCACCAACAUCAGCAGUUGCACCUACUAGUACAGAAAGUGCACCUAAGGAAGAGAAAAAGAAAGAAGAACCUGAUGAACCAGAAUCUGAUGAAGAUAUGGGCUUUGGAUUGUUUGACUAAACAUAAGGAUCACAAUGUAUUGGUCAAUCCAUUUUAUUUGUACAGUUAUAUUGUACAAUAAAUAAAAUAUUUUUAAAUUAAA